AUGGCGAAAGGAAAGAAAAAAGGAGGAGGGGGAGGGAGGAAGAUCACGCUAAAACUAGCCAAGAAGGCCGUGCGCGUGACGCCCGACGGCAGAACACGGCUGGACCUCAGUAACAUGGGCAUCGCCACGUUUCCCAAGUGCCUCCUGAAGCUACGGAACGUGGAGGAGCUGGACCUGAGCCGGAACCGCCUGAGGAAGAUCCCGGAGUUCCUCGGCCAGCUGACCGGCCUCCUCUGCCUGGAUCUCCACAGCAACCAGAUCGAGCAGCUUCCCAGGAGCAUCGGGCAGCUGGGGUCCCUACGUCAACUCAACCUCUGCAACAACUGCCUCGACUCCGCCGGUCUCCCCCUGGAGAUAGGCCACAUGAAAGGCCUGAGGGUUCUUAACCUAGGCAUGAACCGACUGACUUUUCUGCCUCCUGCCAUGGCCGCGCUCACUAACCUCACAGAGCUGGGUCUGUUCGACAACCUGCUGACAGAAGUGCCCGAGUGUAUCCGUGUCCUGCCAAACCUGAAAAAGAUCAACGCUAAGGGAAACCCAGCGGCCUCCGCCCAGGACGAGAGCAAAGACUUGGACCCAGAUGGACAGGCGGAGGGUCUGUAUUUGGUGAGAGAGGACGGUUUGUGUGCACCUUGUCUGGAAAGGUGUAAGGAGGAGAGAAAGGGACUGAAAAGGAGGGUGGUCUCCCUACAGUCUCAGAGACGGCUUCCUUUUUCGGGUCUGAGCACGCCCAACUCGGUGGCACAACAAACGCAGGAGCUCUGGAGAAAUAACUUCAUCUUAUCUAAAACCGACUGA